UGUCAAAAAGAUUUGUUACUCAUCGUUGCCGCAAAAGUCAUACUCGCCGCGUGAAAAGCCGCUGUUGCUAAUUUAAUAAAUAUUUCUUAAAUAAAACUGUGUACGCUGAUUUGAUUACAUAAAUAUGCAACCGCAAAUUGUGCUUUUAAAGGAGGGUACUGACACCUCUCAGGGCAAACCUCAACUUAUAUCCAACAUCAAUGCCUGCCAAUCUAUUGUUGACGCUGUGCGUACAACGCUGGGUCCGCGUGGUAUGGAUAAGCUAAUUGUAGAUUCCAAUGGAAAGGCUACUAUUUCUAACGAUGGUGCCACCAUCAUGAAGCUAUUGGAAAUUGUGCAUCCUGCUGCUAAGACACUCGUAGACAUAGCUAAGUCUCAAGAUGCUGAGGUGGGUGAUGGUACCACUUCUGUUGUUCUCUUAGCUGGUGAAAUUUUGAAACAAGUCAAACCCUUCGUUGAAGAAGGUGUACACGCUCGCAUAAUCAUCAAAGCUAUUCGAAAAGCACUGCAAUUGUGCAUGACGAAGAUCAAUGAAAUGGCUGUACAUGUCGAAGCACAAUCCAAGGAACAGCAACGUGCUUUGUUGGAGAAAUGCGCUGCCACAGCGAUGUCUUCGAAACUUAUUCAUCAACAGAAAGAUUUCUUCUCAAAAAUGGUUGUUGAUGCCGUACUUUUUUUGGAUGAGUUGUUGCCUUUGAAUAUGAUUGGUAUCAAAAAAGUCACUGGUGGUUCAUUAGAGGAAUCCGAACUUGUCUCGGGUGUGGCCUUCAAAAAGACUUUUUCAUAUGCCGGCUUCGAAAUGGCGCCAAAAUCAUACAAGAAUUGUAAAAUCGCAUUAUUAAACAUUGAAUUGGAAUUGAAGGCUGAGCGAGACAACGCUGAAGUUCGUGUCGAUAAUGUGAAGGAAUAUCAAAAAAUAGUUGAUGUUGAGUGGCAAAUACUAUACAAUAAAUUGGCUAAGAUUCACGAAUCUGGAGCCAAUGUUGUAUUAUCGAAGCUUCCUAUUGGUGAUGUAGCCACUCAGUAUUUCGCAGAUCGUGACAUGUUCUGUGCCGGUCGUGUACCUGAAGAGGAUUUAAAGCGCACGAUGAAAGCCUGCGGUGGUGCCGUAAUGACCACAGCCAAUGAUAUCAGCCCAAAUGUACUGGGAAAAUGCGACUAUUUUGAAGAACGACAAGUUGGUGGAGAGCGUUUUAACAUUUUCCAAGGUUGUCCUAAUGCUAAAACGUGCACAUUGAUUCUGCGUGGUGGUGCUGAACAAUUCCUAGAAGAAACUGAACGCUCUUUACAUGACGCUAUAAUGAUUGUACGUCGUACAAUAAAGCAUGAUUCUGUUGUUGCUGGUGAGUGAAAAGAAUAUCACUGUUAUUUAUU